AAUUACAGAGCUCAAGUGUACUUCUGAGCUUUUUAAAAAUUGAAAAUAGUUCUGGAGUACACAUGGUAUGACCAUGACAUUGUAUGACCAUGACAAGAAUGUUUUUUGGACCAUAAGCAAUAGAAUAUAUUAAAAGAGGAAUAACUUUGGCAACAGUUGGAACAAUUUCAAUGUCAAACAACAAAUCAACUUGUUUCUCUUGGUUGACAAGAAAGGUGUGAUCAUUAGAUUCAAAUAAGAAAAAAAGUUCUUUGCAAAUAGUUCUGCCUUAAUUUAGGAGAGGUAAAAGAUCAGAAUCAUGUAUUACAGAUUAAAUGUAACUCAUGGCUUACUUUAAUGACACUUGUAAAUAUUUUUCAAAACUUUUUAGAAAAAAACUUCUGAGAUAAAAUAUAAGUUUAAGUUAUUUGAGAAUAAUAGCGCUUUGCGUCAGACCUUUUUGCAUUGAUUUUGAUUGCGUUGAUAAAAAGACAUUUUUUCUAAAAAGAGUUUUUUUUUGUGGAAAAGUUUAACAAAAGAUUAACAAAAAUGGUUACGAUUAGAAAUAGAAGCUACACAAGUCUAAACUUGUCCAAGGUAUGCACAACUGACACUACACACAAAGUAAAAACCUGACCUGAGACUAACAAAUAAACUCAUUUUGCUUAAAAGGGUAUUGCAAUAAUAAUUCCAUCAAUGCUUUUAAUAGGCAUGACAUUUAGUGUUACAGUGAUGUACUUUGCACUCUUUCUAUACUCAUUUGGUGAGAUUAUAUAUAUUAUUAUAACCAUUCUUAUUUAUAAACUUGUCUGUAUGAUUUUUCUAAUAUGUGAAUAGAGUUUUAAAUUUGAUUUUUUUUUUAUAAAUUCACUUUCUAAGUGGGCAACUACAAUUUAAGAGGCUGUUAAUAUAUUUUUUUUAAUGUUACAAUCCUCUCAAACCUUACGACUCCAAAACAUUAAGAUUGAGACUGCUGCGUAGAGAAACAAGUUGAGCAUGGUAGUGCCAGGUACUUGGUAAGUGAGCGAUCUGGCACUACACCAUUACUGCAUUGUAGAAUUUAAUAUUUAAGGGGCAACUACCCUCACAUUUUUUUAAAAAUUUGAUUUUUUUUUUUUUAAUAAUUUUAGACCAAAAUUUUAUGCAGAUUUUGAAUCUGCAAAAAAAAUCAAACAUUUUUUUAUAAAUUUUUGUUUAAUUUAUGUUUUUUUGAACUCAAGUAAAAAAUAUUUGCAUAGCAACGCGUUGCUAUGGGGGCGAAUAUUUUGUUUGUGAACUUAUCCUGGAGUACUGUUUCAAAUAUAUGCUUUGAUUUAUAUCUUCUUUGCUAAUUAAUAUUCUGUUCCUUAUUAUAUGCCAUUUACAAUUGCUACUUUAAUACGAUUUUAUCAAGUUAUCAAAGCUAAUUUAUAUAACAGCAGAAAUUAAAAAAUAUGACAAAACCUACUGAUUUGGGUGUUAUUUUGAACAAAAAUAUUAAUGAUAGAGUAAAGCAGAGAACAAAUUACUAUAAAAAAAGAAGAGGAUUUAUGGUGAAGAAAAAUAAAAAUGCAUGUAAUGUAAGUGAAUGUGACUCUAUUGAAAGAAAUAUUUUGGGCGCAUCAGCUAAAAAAGUAAAAGUUGUUACAAAUGUACCAAGUAAAAACAUUAAAAGAAUUACUGGUUACAGAAUUAUAGACACUGAAAUUUUAUCUAAAGUUCUUUUAUUGUUAAUGUGUCCUCAAUGUGAAAAGUGUGCACUGUACUUAGGUGAUCAUCAGAAAAAAAAGGAAGGUCUAGCAACGUUGCUAUAUUUAAAGUGUACUACACUAUCUUGUGACUAUAAACAUGAAUUUUAUACAUCAGUUGCUUGUGAUAAAGGGUUUGAUAUUAACAACAGGACAAUAUAUGCAAUGAGAGUCUUAGGCCAUGGUCAUUCUGGCAUUGAAAAGUUUACUCAGCUCAUGAAUAUGCCAAAACCCAUGACACCCAAAAACUAUUCAAAAAUUACAACUAAAAUAAAAAACAUCCUGAAAAGUGUUGCAUACGAAACAAUGUCAGAUGCUGCAACUGAAAUGAAAGAAAAUGCAACUACUGAGGACAUUGUUGAUGUUGGUGUAUCAUGCGAUGGAUCAUGGCAGAAAAGAGGAUAUCAGUCAAUGAAUGGAGUUUUUACCGCAAUUUUAAUAGAUAGUGGAAAAAUAAUUGAUGUUGAACCUAUGAAUAAAUCAUGUAAAGCUUGCUGUAUGAAAGAACAAUUAAAAAAAUCAAAUCCUGAUGCAUAUGCUAAUUGGAAAAACAAACAUAUUUGCCUGUACAAUUAUCAAGGUACAGCUGGUGGUAUGGAAUCAGUUGGCGCAGUGAGAGUUUUUAAACGCUCCAUUGAAAAACAUAAGUUAAGAUAUACUCAAUUUCUUGGCGAUGGGGAUAGUAAAUCCCAUCUUUCUAUCAAAGAUAUAUACCCAAAUAUGGAGGUAAAAAAGUUGGAGUGUGUAGGACAUUACCAAAAACGAGUUGGUACUCGCUUACGCAAGUUAAAAAAAAAUGUUAAGGGUCUAGGUGGUCGUGGUCGACUAACCAAUGCAGUUAUUGAUCGCUUGCAAAAUUUUUUUGGUGUAGCUAUCCGGAGCAAUACAAAUGAUCUGAAUAAAAUGAAACAAGCAGUAUUAGCUAGCCUUUUCCAUGUAGCUUCUUCUAAGGAAAAUAACUAUCAUAUUUACUGCCCGACUGGAGGUGAUAGUUGGUGUAAGUUUAACAUUGAUAAAGCAAAGUCUACUUCCAUAUGCAAACCUGGACCAGAAAUUCCUGUGGAUAUUAUUCACAAAAUCAAGCCAAUAUAUGCUGAUUUAAGUAAAGAUUCUGAAUUAGUAAAGUGUCUUCAUGGCAAAACCCAGAAUUGCAACGAGAGUUUUAAUAAUUUAAUAUGGGAUAGAUUACCAAAAAGUAAUUAUGUUGGUUUAGCCAGUUUAGAGUUUGGAGUGUACGAUGCUGUUGCAAAUUAUAACAUCGGUAUGAAGUCCAUCAUUUUAAUUUAUGAAAAACUAAAUAUGAAACCAGGGCAUUUUACUUUAGCUGGUUGCAGACUCAUAAACAAAAAACGAAUAAAACUAUCAUUAUUUAAAUCGAGUGAAAGUUUUAAGAUGAAACGAAAGAUGUUACGACGUCAACGAUUAUCAAAUGAUCAUCAAAAGUCAAUAGAAAAGUUUUUAGUUUUUGAAAUAUUCUUUUAAAAAGCUACUUUUUUUAAAGAUAUUUUUAUGAAAUGAACAAUAAUUUAUGAUUUUAUUUUUUGUUUUGUGUUUUCUGAGAAUUUAAUUUUUAAACACGCCGGGAAAAAAAUCUUGAAAAGUAUACAUGCUAUCAUGAUGAAAUUUUCAGGGAUCGUUCAUUUUACCAAGGUUUAUGAUAUGAGCGGAGUAGAAUUUCUCAUAUGACUUAAGAUUUUGAGUUUUUUAGUUUUUUUCUUUGUAUUUUGACCUUUUUUUUAAUAACCUAAUUUGACUGUAGCUUUUUAUCAAAAAAAAUUUUUAUUUAAAAAUCUGCUUCGCUCAUAUCACAAAUUUACAUAUUUAGAACAGUUCUACAAAAUUUCAUUGACACUCCUUUACUCAUAAUUCUUAUUUUUUUUACGGCGUAAACACAGUUUUUGUGGGUUUUUUAGCUAUUUUUUUGAGUUGCCAUAGCAACGAGCUACCAUUUUAUGUAUUUUUUGGUAUUUUUAAUGUCAGUAUAAUAUUUACUAUAUGACUAAAGAAAAACUUACUUUA